AUGGCGCAGGAAGGCUUCCUCAAGAACUCCAGGGUGUAUAUCCUCACCUCGGUCGCCUAUAUGGGCUCUUUGCUGUUUGGAUAUGACACCGGUGUGAUGGGCUCAGUCAUGGCCCUGACUAGUUUCAAGAAUGAUUUCGGCCUCCCUCUCGGCAAAAGUGGCUUUGCAUCGGAUAAAAAUUCCCAAGUAACUUCAAAUGUGGUCAGUCUCUUGACUGCUGGCUGUUUCUUCGGUGCCAUUGCUGCUGCGUUUAUCAAUGACCGUCUCGGUCGUAGAUACUCGCUCAUGAUCUUCACCCUUAUCUUCAUGAUCGGCGCAGCAGUCCAGGUCGCUGCUCACCAUGAGAUUGGAAUGAUCUAUGGUGGACGUGUCAUUGCUGGUCUCGGAAUCGGUGGCAUGUCCAGUAUCACCCCCGUCUUCGUCAGUGAGAACGCUCCCGCUCAGUACCGUGGCCGUAUCGCCGGUCUCUUCCAGGAGUUCCUGGUCAUUGGAAGUACCUUUGCCUACUGGCUGGGCUACGGUGUCUCCCUCCACAUGCCUGCCAACACGAAACAAUGGCGUGUUCCCGUCGCUAUCCAGCUAAUUCCCGGUGGCCUGAUGUUCAUCGGUUUGUUCUUCCUCAAGGAGUCUUCCCGUUGGCUGAUGAAGCAAGGCCGCCGUGAGGAAGCCGUCCAGUCAUUGGCUUACAUUCGAAACGCCCCUGAGAACAGCGAGGAAGUCCAGAAGGAAAUUGCCGAGAUCUAUGCUGCCAUUGAGGAAGAGACUGCUAUGACAGAGGGUGUCACCUGGAAGGAGUGCCUGCAGAAGAGCAACCGCUACCGAUUCUUCGUGGCCUUCUGUAUAAUGGUCUGCCAGCAAUUCUCCGGAACCAACAGUAUUGGAUACUACGCGCCUCAGAUCUUCCAGUCGAUCGGUAUUAGCAGCUCUAACUCCUCGCUGUUUGCCACCGGUAUCUACGGCACUGUCAAGGUUAUUGCUACCGCUAUCUUCCUGUUCAUUGGAAUUGAUCGCUGGGGCCGUAAGCGCAGUCUCAUGGGCGGUGCUGUCUGGAUGGCCGUGAUGAUGUUCAUCAUCGGCGCGGUUCUGGCUACUCACCCUCCCGACACGACCUCCACGGUUGUCUCCAAGGCAUCCAUUGCCAUGGUCACCAUGAUCUAUCUCUACGUGAUUGGCUACUCCUUCUCUUGGGGACCAACUCCCUGGGUGUAUCUCGGCGAGAUUUUCCCUACUCGUCUCCGCUCAUACGGUGUCGGUCUCGGAGCUGCUACUCAGUGGUUGUUCAACUUCGUCAUCACCAAGAUCACUCCCAGUGCUAUCCACAGCAUUGGCUGGAAGACCUUCAUCAUGUUCGGCGUCUUCUGCACUGCUAAUGGAAUCUUUGUCAUUAUUUUCGUGAAAGAAACCAAGGGCCGGACCCUGGAAGAGAUGGACCUCAUCUUUGGUUCCAUUACUGAGGAACAGCGUCGUGCCGAUGUGGAGAACACUCUGCACAAGAACAAUAUUCAGCAUGCGGAGCAUGCAGAGGAGGUCGAUGACCGGAAAUAA